CGGGGCCCGCAGGCCGCAGGUACCGCCUCGGAGCUGUACGCGUCCGAACGGCGGCGAUUUGGAGCUUUCUUUCCUUGUGCGGGUGGUCGCCACCGGCAGCCGGUCCGCCAUGGCAGCGCCGCGCUGGGAGGUGGUGGUGCUGGGGCUGGCGAGCGUGGCGUGGUGUGCCGCCGAUGCCCAGUUUCCCUGGGACGAGGUGAGGCUGCCCAGGAGCGUCGUCCCGCUGCACUACCACCUCCUCAUCCAUCCCAACCUCACCACGCUCACUUUCACCGGCACCGUGGACAUCGACGUCGCGGUCGCGCAGCCGACGAAGGCGGUCGUCCUGCACGGCAAACGCCUGCGCGUCACCAGGGCUGCCAUCGAGGCGGAGGCCGGGAGCACCUGCACGGUGCGGAACGUGAGGCUGCUGCGGCAUCCGCCCCGCGAGCAGCUGGCGCUGCUGGCCACCGAGCCGCUGUGCGCCGGGCACAACUACACCCUCCGCAUCCAGUACUCAGCGAACCUCUCCGACUCCUUCCACGGCUUCUAUAAAAGCACCUACAGAACUCAGGAAGGAGAACUCAGAGUGCUUGCAUCAACUCAUUUUGAGCCAACAUCUGCAAGAAUGGCCUUCCCGUGUUUUGAUGAACCAGCCUUCAAAGCCAGGUUUUCAGUUAAGAUUAGGAGGGAACCAAAUCACCUUGCAUUGUCCAAUAUGCCACUGGUGAAGUCCGUGAAUAUAGCCUCAUGGCUUGUUGAGGACCAUUUUGAUACCAGUGUCAAGAUGAGCACUUACCUUGUGGCCUUUAUCGUUUCGGAUUUUAAGUCCAUCAGCAAAGUAACCAAUCAUGGAGUUAAGAUUUCCGUAUACACAGUACCAGAAAAGAUCAACCAGGCUCAUUAUGCAUUGGAUGCAGCAGUAAAACUUCUAGACUUUUAUGAGGACUACUUCAGCAUUCCCUACCCCUUACCAAAACAAGAUUUAGCAGCUAUUCCUGAUUUUCAGUCUGGUGCUAUGGAAAACUGGGGGUUGACCACAUACCGGGAAUCUGCGUUGCUGUAUGAUCCUGAAAAGUCCUCAGCAUCCUCUAGGCUUUGGAUUACUAUGAUAAUAGCCCAUGAGCUGGCUCACCAGUGGUUUGGCAACCUAGUUACCAUGGAGUGGUGGAAUGACCUGUGGUUAAAUGAAGGGUUUGCAAAGUUUAUGGAGCUCCUGUCAGUAAACAUAACUCAUCCAGAACUGAGAGUUGAAGAUUAUUUCUUAAGAAGAUGCUUUGAUGCCAUGGAAGUGGAUGCGUUAAAUUCAUCCCAUCCUGUGUCUACUCCUGUGGAGGAUCCAGCUCAAAUUUUAGAAAUGUUUGAUGAAGUUUCAUACGAGAAGGGAUCGUGUAUAUUAAAUAUGUUGAGGGACUUCCUGACUGCAGAUGUGUUUAAGGCUGGAAUUGUGCAGUACCUACAGAAAUACAGUUACCAGAAUACUAAGAAUGAAGAUUUGUGGGACAGUUUGACAAAUAUUUGUCCCACAGUAGAUACUGAAAAAAGUGAACUACAGGGUGAUGGCUUUUGCAGAAGAAAUCAACAGUCAUCUUCAAAUGCACAGCACUGGACCAAAGAGACUCUAGAUGUGAAGGCAAUGAUGGACACUUGGACACUGCAAAAAGGUUUUCCCCUGGUAACUGUCACCGUGAGAGGAAAGAAUGUCCAUCUGCAGCAGGAGCACUACAAGAUAGGAGUACAUUCUCUCUCACCCACAGAAAAUGGGUACUUGUGGCACAUUCCACUAACCUACAUUACCAGCAAAUCUCACACUGUUCAAAGAUUUUUGAUGAGAACCAAAACAGAUGUCAUAAUCCUUCCAGAAGAAGUUGAAUGGCUUAAAUUCAAUGUGGACAUGAAUGGUUAUUACAUUGUGCACUAUGAAGAUGACGGAUGGGAUCGUCUGAUCAACCUUUUAAGAGAGAAUCAUACGAUAAUUAGCAGCAAUGACAGAGCAAGUCUUAUUAACAAUAUAUUCCAGCUUGUGAGAAUAAAAAAACUGUCAGUUUCUAAAGCUUUUGAUUUAACUUUAUACAUGAAACGGGAAACACAGAUCAUGCCCAUACUCCAGGGUAUGAAUGAGCUGGUUCCUAUAUACAAGCUCAUGGAGCGGAGAGAUACAGAUGGCACAGAAAAACAGCUAAAGGAAUAUAUAGUCAAUCUAUUUAAGGACCUAAUUGACAAGCAGCUUUGGAGUGAUGAAGGCUCAGUGUCUGAGAGAAUGCUUCGGCAGUCCCUGCUAGUGUUUGCAUGUGUGCGCAGGUACCAGCCCUGUGUGGACAAAGCAGAAGAGUAUUUUUCAAAAUGGCAGAAAUCCAGUGGAACCUUAAGGCUGCCAGCAGAUGUGAAGACAGCAGUAUAUACCGUUGGAGCACAGACAUCUGAAGGUUGGGAUUUCCUCCUUAGUAAAUACCAGCACCACUCCUUCAGUGUAGACAAAGAUAAAAUUGCAUCAGCUCUCAGCCUCACCAGGAAUAAGGACAAACUUCAGUGGCUAAUGGAGGAAGGUCUGCGUGGUGACAUCAUAAAAACUCAGGAUUUCCCAUACAUUAUUGUGUCUGUUGCCAGAAAUCCAUCUGGCUAUCAUCUUGCUUGGACCUUCUUAAGGGAAAACUGGGAGAAACUCAUUGAAAAAUUUGAACUCGGUUCAUCAUCCAUAGCACACAUUGUCACUGGAGUGACAAAUCAGUACUCAACAAGGCCACAACUUGCACAGGUAAAAGAAUUCUUCAGUUCUCUGGAGGAAAAAAGUGCACAGCUUCGUUGUAUCCAGCAAGCCAUUGAAACUAUUGAGGACAACAUAGAAUGGAUGGACAGAUAUUUUGAGGAAAUCAAAACAUGGCUGCAAAAGAACCAGCCAUAAAUUAGGAUAGCUUGUUUGUAUUUGUUAGAAAUAAUUGAAAGGCACUGAAAAUACAGGGCUGGAGGGAAAGCUAAGCCUGAGGCAUUACUUCUUCUGGAGGAAGCUCUCAGCCUUCUGCUGCUGACUGAAAAUAUUUUUGUAUUUUUAAGUCACGUCAAGGAAAGGAGAAUGCAUAUUUUGUGUGUGUGAAUCUGUGUGAAUCUGAGUUUAAGAUGAUUAAACAGUUUGUUUUAGCUGUAAA